UUAAGCAUGGAUUUACAGCUAUUGGUGCUGGGCUUCCGGACCGACACCGACACCCCAUUCCCGCCCGCUGCCGCCUUGUCAUGCUGCCCAAAGUGGAGACGGAAGCCCCAGGACUGGCCCGAUCGCAUGGGGAACAGGGGCAGAUGCCGGAAAACAUGCAAGUGUCUCAAUUUAAAAUGGUGAAUUACUCCUAUGAUGAAGAUCUCGAAGAGCUAUGUCCUGUGUGUGGAGACAAAGUGUCCGGGUACCAUUAUGGUCUCCUUACCUGUGAAAGCUGCAAGGGGUUUUUUAAGCGAACAGUCCAGAACAAUAAAAGGUACACAUGUAUAGAAAACCAGAACUGUCAAAUUGACAAGACACAGAGAAAACGUUGUCCUUACUGUCGAUUCCAGAAAUGUCUAAGUGUUGGAAUGAAGCUAGAAGCCGUAAGAGCUGACCGCAUGCGAGGAGGCAGAAAUAAGUUUGGGCCAAUGUACAAGAGAGACAGGGCCCUAAAGCAACAGAAGAAAGCCCUCAUUCGAGCCAAUGGACUUAAGCUGGAAGCCAUGUCUCAGGUGAUCCAAGCGAUGCCCUCGGAUCUGACCAUCUCCUCAGCAAUCCAAAACAUGCAUUCUACUAAAGGCCUACCUCUGAACCAUGCUGCCUUGCCUCCCACAGACUAUGACAGGAGCCCCUUUGUCACGUCUCCCAUUAGCAUGGCAAUGCCUCCCCAUGGCAGCCUGCAAGGUUACCAACCAUAUGGUCACUUUCCUAGCCGGGCCAUCAAGUCCGAGUACCCAGAUCCCUAUACCAGCUCACCGGAGUCAAUGAUGGGUUACCCCUACAUGGAUGGUUACCAGACCAGCUCGCCAGCCAGCAUUCCACACCUGAUACUGGAACUUUUGAAGUGUGAACGAGAGGAGCCUCAAAUUCAAGUGAAAAUCUCGAGUUUCUUACAGCAAGAGCAGGCAAACCGAGGCAAGCAUGAAAAACUGAACACGUUUGGGCUUAUGUGCAAAAUGGCGGACCAGACGCUCUUCACCAUCGUUGAGUGGGCCAGGAGUAGUAUCUUCUUCAGGGAACUAAAGGUUGACGACCAAAUGAAGCUGCUUCAGAACUGCUGGAGCGAGCUCUUGAUCCUUGAUCACAUUUACCGGCAAGUGGUGCACGGGAAGGAAGGGUCGCUCUUACUGAUAACUGGGCAACAAGUUGACUUCUCCAGCAUCGCCUCCCAAGCCGGAGCCACACUCACCAACCUCAUGAGUCACGCACAAGAGCUCGUCCUGAGACUGCGCGCCCUCCAGUUUGAUCAUCGAGAGUUUGUGUGUCUCAAGUUCCUCGUGCUGUUCAGCUUAGACGUCAAGAAUCUCGAGAACUUUCAGCUUGUGGAAAGUGUCCAGGAACAGGUGAAUGCAGCUCUGCUAGACUACACGAUUUGCAACUACCCACAGCAGACGGAGAAAUUCGGACAGCUACUUCUUCGGCUGCCGGAAAUCCGGGCAAUCAGCAUGCAGGCUGAAGAGUACCUCUACUACAAGCACCUGAACGGGGAUGUCCCCUACAAUAACCUGCUCAUUGAGAUGCUGCAUGCAAAAAGAGCCUAAGUCACCACCCCUGGAAGCUUGCUCUUGGAACACAGAGAUUAAUACAGAGACUGGAGGGAGAAAAGGAGGAGGAAGAAGAAAGCAUAAUACUCUGAACUGCUCCAAGCAAUGCAAAUUACAAACUUGGUUUAAAGACACUGAGAUUUAAAAAGCUUAAUAAUCAAAUACUUAAUAGCAAAGAAAUGAUCUAUCAGGGUAUUCGUACUGCAAACUGUGAAUGAAAGGCUUCCCGUCCCCCAAGGAUUCAUAAGAAAGACAUUGUCACAGGGUGGAUUGAACUCACAGACAGAGUCCAAUACCACAUCACAAUAGAAACGGACAGAACAUUCCUUGUAUAUUUAAACUGAUCUGUUAAAAAAUUCAGCAGUUGGCCGAUGUUAUUAAUUGGACGUGUCCAGAAUUCCUCCAUGGUGAAGCCGAACAACCCUCAAAGAAUACACGGGCUGUGCCUUGGCAGCCCCCCCCCCUCCUCCCAGAAGGCCCCACACCUUCUGACCUGUGAGCUCGGAAGCUAUCUAAGGACUUCGUUCAGCCACACCCAGUAGUAGCUCCACUAAAUCCUGAGUUCUGCGUGUCUGUCUUAGACCUGCCAGCAACUAAUAAGAGCAAUGUAUAAAUAUGUCAGCUUGCCAUUUUAAAUGUUCUGAAGUUGUUUUGUCGUGUGUUCGUAAUUUAACUAAAGCAGGCAGUAUCUCUCUUCUAUAUAAGCAUUAGUUUAAUAUUAAAGGAAAUCAAACAAAUUUAAGCAAAUACUCCCAACAAGCAAGCUAGAUCUUAUUUCUGCUAUUUUUGCUGAAAUACAGCUUUGGCAUGGUUGGGUUUCAUAAGUUUUUGCCCAAGAGGCUUCUUAGUACACAUCCGUCUGUGUAGUCAUCAGGGUUUGUAGUUCACUUAAAAAAAAUAAAACACUAAACAUCCUUGGCUGGGAUGUCAAAUAGUCACAGUCUAAGGCACCAAAAAGUCAAGCAUGUUCAGCAAUUCCAAAUGAAAGUAGAUUGAGCUGUGAAGGCAGCUGACUCAAGGUUGGUUGGUAAAGCACCCCCUAAACUUGGGGUGCAAAAGCAGUGAAUCUCACCACCUGGAAAGACAGUGAAGUCAUUCACAUCUCCUGCGAAGGGCAAUGGAAGAGCGCGGUACCGGCCUAAGUCAUAGACCAAAGUCUGCUGUAGAACAAACAAAAAUGCUGGAGGGCAGAGGUGGCAAACUCUCUCAACCAGUGUUGUCAGUAUUAACACGCGAUGGCCACAGGUAUGGAAGCCUUGCCUUACUUCCUGGUCCCAAAAGGGAGCUCUGCAGAUGGGGACGAACAUGUGUUGAAAAUAAAGUAUUACUACUUUAAAGUCAAAAGAAAUAUAGUGUUUACAUUCUUUAGGUCCUUGGGGGGGGGGAGUUUGGGGGUGACUCUGCUAUUACAAGAAAGCAAAAGCGGUCAUUUCUUUAGUGUUAUUUCUCUGGUUAGUAGUUACUUUUCACAGGACUAAAUCGCUGUAUGUCGUGAGACACUAAAAUCAAGAAUGGGACUCUCAUUUCGUCUUUAAUUUGCCGAGAUCAGCAGCACAAUCACUUGUAGAAA